GUAGAGUCCCGGGGUUUAAAUUGAGUUAAAUGAUCCCGGUCCCAUAUCUGGGCUGGCCUCUCACUUUUACUCUUUCUCUUGCUUCUUUCCCCAUUUCUUACCUGUGAAACUUUCAGCUCUCGUUGGAUUUCCAGCUAAAUAAAAUCCUAGACAUUUGAGAGCAACUGGAGGCUACCACCCACGGAGACUUUCACGGACCUGGUUUUUCAGCUGAUCACCUCUCACCGCUGCUCCUGAUCUCUUUGAUUCUCUGGAUUGAGUGCUGCCUGCGCUGGCUGUGCAGCUGCCUUCCUCACACACGGGAGUUCGUACAGAGGCCGUGGUUUUAAUAGGACAAGAAACAAGGUGUCACCAUGCUUCGAGAAGCCGUAUCAAACAUUUUAAAAUUCCACGAUUAUAUACUGAUGAGGACUGAUGUCCGAAUCAGAGACUACCCACUGAUGCAGGACCCUAUACAUAUGACCGCCAUCCUGUUGGCCUAUGUCUUCCUCUCAAUUUACGUUGGACCUCGUCUAAUGGCGAACCGCAAACCCCUCUGUCUCAACACAUCCAUGAUUGUCUACAACCUCAGCAUGGUUUUACUGAACGCCUACAUAGUGUAUGAGUUCAUGAUGGCUGGAUGGGCCACCACCUACACGUGGAGAUGUGACCUCGUUGACACCUCAACCCGGCCAGAGACUUUACGGAUGAUUCGAGUGUGUUGGUUGUUUUAUUUUUCAAAAUACAUCGAACUCCUUGACACACUAUUCUUUGUGCUGAGGAAGAAACAUAGCCAGAUCACAUUUCUCCACGUUUUUCAUCACUCCUUCAUGCCCUGGACGUGGUGGUGGGGCAUCACCCUGACUCCUGCUGGAGGAAUGGGCUGCUUCCAUGCCAUGGUGAAUGCUGCCGUCCACGUCAUCAUGUACUUCUACUACCUACUUUCUGCAGCAGGACCACGCUUCCAGAAAUAUCUGUGGUGGAAGAAGUACAUGACCGCCAUUCAGCUUACACAGUUUGUUCUGGUCUCCGUCCACAUCAGCCAGUACUACUUCAUGGAGAAGUGUGACUACCAGAUUCCCAUGUGGAUCCACCUGAUUUGGAUGUAUGGCGUCUUCUUCUUCCUCCUCUUCUCCAACUUUUGGAUCCAGGCCUACAUAAAGGGAAAGCGACUUCCUGCCGUAAAGGCCAAGCCAAAACAGAACGGCUCAACCAGUGAACCUAUCGCUGUGGUGGCCAAUGGGAAACACCUGGAGAAUGGAAAUGGACACCACCACACCAACGGCAAAAUCCUCCUGGGCAAAGUAAAGGAAAUCUGACUUGGUGACUCUGGAAAUGAGAAAUGAGAAGAAGAAGAGGAGGCUCUAUAGAGCUACCUUGAAAAUAUUAUUCAUCAUUCAAAUCUAGUAGCAUAUUGGAACGGCACAGAUUUCAAUAUGUUACUUCUAAACUUUAUAAUUUCUAUAUAAAUCUUUCUUGUGCACUUGUUGGGAUACGUGUUUUGGUGGUGAUCUCUACAUGCCACAUUGUGUUUGUUAGUCGUUGUAAAAAAAAAUUAACUGUGAUAAACACUGUAUGAAGAUCGGUGCUCAUUUUUGUCACUGAUGGUAUUCUUCAACUCAGGUUGGGCCCACACAAGCUUGACCUACACUACUGUUUGACUGGCAUGACCGUUGUUGUUGGGAAGUAGCGCACCGAGUUUCCACUGAAGACCAGCACAUAUGAAUAACGGGUACAAAGUUUAUGCCAAAAAGAUUGUCAAAGAUUUAGUUUUAUUCUGUUUUUAUUUAUCUUUUGAAAUAAAACUUUUUUUUUAGAUAAAGGUCUGUGUCAUUUGGAAAGCAGUGAUGGUGUGCAGUUUGUAAGAAACCUCAAUUUUUCAAUUUUAAGAAUUGUGAAAAAGAAAUGUUAUACUGUAUAUUACAGUAUUGAUGCAUUCAGCAUUUUUGCAUAAUUAGGUAGUGACAUAUACACGGUUAUAUUAAUCCAUUGAAUUUUGCAACACUGUAUGGUCUAUUCUCUCAGCACUCUGCAUGAAGUUAAUAGAAAGUCCCUUCCAUUAAAUUAGAAAAAAAGUGUGCUGUUUCUGAAUAUCACUGCAGAAUGUAUAUAUUGAAUGUUUUUUGCUGUUGUUCAUUACACGUGCACUCAUGACAGUUGAAGGAUGAUCUAGUUUUGAAGCACUGCUAGCCUUUUAAAACCUGGAUCUGAUGAUUGCCACUAAAAAUACAUAGUAAUGGAUGUUUAGGGAUACCCAGAAGCUGUUUGUUACGAUUAACCCUCACAAUGCUCAAUAGAUUAACCUGUUUGAGAGCAGAAAUAAAAAUUUGAUAAAUGUAUUUAAAUUUUACUGUUUUCAAAUGUUUCACCUAAGCAACAGUUAAAUAAGCAUUCCUUUAAAGCAGAGGUUUACUCAUGUACGGAAAGCAUUUCUGGAGAUUUGUUUCAACAGCAAAUCAUGUCAUUGAUACAUUUAUCCUGUGGUAUGAUGGUGAGAUAUUUAGCUGCUGUUGGAGUGAGGUAGGAGGGAAAACCUCAUCUUAAAUAAAUGUAAAUUGAUAGCAUUCAUUACUGAUUGCAAAUGUUCAAUGAUGUUCCAGCUUUGGCAGUAUAACUGUCUCAGCCAACAUGAUUAAAACUGUAAAACUAAAAAUAAGUGGCAUGAAAGAAAACAUGGACAUUGCAAUCAAAAGCUAAAUGUUAGUUAUUUCGUUAAAGUGAAUAAGUGAUCAAAUAUUUUAAAUAUGCAUCUAAUAUGAACGCAAAAAUGCUAAACCAGGUGUCAGCCUUAUCAUGUAGCACAGUCUGUCAUAGCAUGCACUGCAGCAAUGAAAUUCUUUUAUCUGUGAUCUGCAUUGUGUUCUGCAACAUUUCCACUGUUCACAUUACUAAACAAUUACUCAGAAGUGAAUGCCAUUACACCACAAGAAAUGUUAGGUGCACCAUUUAGGUUAAUAAACUCAAUGCCCUGUAA